CCAUAUAAUAUUGCCGCCAACUUGUGGUUUUUACUUUCUUGUCAAUAAAAUUAACGUUAGGUAGUUUGAUAAAUCUUAUUUUUUAAGUUAAAAUAAUAUUAUUUAUAUCGUUGAAAUUAUAUAAUUUAUAAUGCUUGAUCUCGUGGGAAACUAUAGUCAAGCGGAGUUUGACAGACUUCCUUUUAAUUAUGCGGACUUGUCAUCUGUUUAUCACUUAGCCAAUAUAAAUUAUAAAAGACAAUUUGCACAUAUAUAUGCCCAUAGACUGACAGAAGUUAGGGAAAUUUUAACUGAAAAAGUACAGCAAAAAUGGGGUAAAGAAUGUACCAUUUACAAACUUUCUGAAUUAUAUGAUAAAAUAGAUGAAGAAUGCAUUAUAAUUGGGACAUUAUUUAAGCAUCAGGAAUUAAAACCCAGUAUACUAAAAGAAAUAAGCGAAGAACACAAUCUGAUUCCACAACCUCAAAGAACUCACUUUGUGUCAGAUAAAGAUGAAUUAAUUAUUGAAGAUGAAUUACAAAGAGUACCUUUGAUAUUAGAAAACUGCAAUGAUAGUAUUUUAAGUAUUAACAAUAUUAUGACUGGAUGUAUUGUUGCCUUAAAAGGUAUUCCUUUGGAUGGAGGAAAGUUUAAUGUUAUUGAAUGUUGUUGGCCUACACCAUCUAUACCUAAUAAAAUAACUGCUCAAAGUCUAGGAGAAGAUCGGUUUUUAGUUUUGAUAAGUGGCUUAGAACUGGCCACUAGUGUAGAUUCCCAUUUUCAUGUACAGUUGUUUGUUGAUUGGGUAUCUGGUUUACUAGGCGACAUACAGGAAAAUGAAAAGGCUUCCAAGAUAAUUCAAGUUCUAAUAGCUGGCAAUAGUAUCAGAAAUACACCUAUGAAAAAACCUAAUUAUAGAGAUAAAAUAGAUGAUUUCCCCAAAGAUAUUCAAGCGAUCAAGCAGCUCGAUGAAAUCCUACAACAACUUGCUUCUACUGUUGAUGUACAAAUAAUGCCUGGAGAGUAUGAUCCUACUGAUAGAAUUUUACCUCAGCAAGCUUUCCAUAAAUGUCUAUUUCCUAAAACUUCUGAGUACUCAAACUUUCAUAGAGUGACAAAUCCAAAUAAGUUUGAACUUGAAGGUAAUCUUAUUAUGGGAUCUUCAGGGCAAACUGUUCAAGACAUUCAAAGGUUUUCUAAUUUAGUUGACCCUAUUGAAAUAUUAGAAAAAAUAUUGGAAUGGGGUCAUCAAAUACCCUCCGCUCCAGACACACUUCCAUGUUAUCCAUUUGAAGGACAAGAUCCAUUUAUAAUUAGAGAAAUGCCAAAUGUAUUUUUUGUUUCAAAUCAGCAAUCUUUUCAGACAUUACUUAAAGAUAAUAAUGAUGUAACUACAAGGCUUAUCAGCAUACCUUCAUUUGCAGCCACUCAAACCUGUGUAUUGUUAAAUUUAAAUACAUUAGAUUGCUACCCAAUAUCAUUCAAAACAUUUUCACCAUAAAAUUUUUUUUUAUUUGUUAACAAAAUAGUAAAACAGUAAUUAUUUGUUUCCUUUACUUGCACUUGAAACAGAUUUUACUUCUUCAGCUGUAAAUAUAUUCAAAUGUACCAAUGCAGCCAACAACUGGUCAUGUGAGUUUCCAAUGAAUUUAUGGUUUAAAAACAAAGGAAAUCCACGAUAUUUAUCACCCAUAGUAUAUAAAGGAACUCUUACAGUACCAAGUACCUGUUAAAUAUUUAAUUAUAUUAAAUUUUUUUAUAGCAAUGAUUAUUUUUAUACUUGUAUAUUAUUAAUAAAAACUUCUCUUACUUCA